GUACGGCUGUACGAGUACGUCGAGACGCGGGACCACGUGUACAUCAUGAUGGAGGCGGCGGCGCGCGGCUCCCUGCUGGAUUAUGUGCGGGACCGCAAGAAGCUGCCCGAGGCGGAGGCGGUCCAGAUCUUCCAGCAGCUGCUGCACGCCCUGCAGUUCUGCCACCGCAAGGACGUGGUGCACCGCGACAUCAAGCUAGAGAACAUUCUAAUCGACGGCGGCGGCCGCAUGCGCCUCAUCGACUUUGGCCUGUGCGGCUACUACGUGGCCGGCAAGCACCUGCGCUGCCACUGCGGCUCGCCGUCGUACGCGGCGCCAGAGAUCGUGGCCCGCAAGGACUACCUGGGGCCCCCUGUGGACGUGUGGUCGCUGGGCGUGGUGCUGUUUGCCAUGCUGGCCGGGUACCUGCCCUUCCACGCCAAGGAGAAGCGCCAGCUCAGCGAGAAGAUCCUGGCGGGCGUGUACAAGCCCGCGGCCUGGAUGAGCCCCGCGGCGCAGGACCUGCUGUCCCGCAUGCUUGCCCUGGACCCCGAGCAGCGCAUCACGCUGGAGCAGGCGUGGAGCCACCCGUGG